AAUGUGGUCCAGUUAUGCGACCACAUUUCUUACUCUUAUGGACAGCUCUGGGAAUUUUUUGUGCUUUUGCAAAUGCAGAUGAAGAAGUUUCAGAAUGGAAUGCGAGUCUGUCAAACGUGAGAUACUUAUCUGAAACUGAAGACACAAGAAGCGUUUUCCAAUUAGGUCACAUGAUUCAAUGCCAAACAGGUUGCGACCCUCUCCGUUACCGAAGAUACGGAUGCUUCUGCGGAUUCAGAGGUGCUGGAAGACCCGUGGAUUUCAUUGAUAAUUGCUGUCUGACCCAUGAUUGGUGCUACUCCCGCCUGGCAUGUCCCCCCUUUAUGCUAUACGUAAUUAGAUAUGCUUGGCUUUGCAGAGGUCGUGGUAACGCACAAUGUACAGGGGGAAAUUACGCCAAUGCAGUCUUCAACCGUUGCGCCUUCCAGUUGUGUGAAUGCGACAGAGUGUUCGCCAGGUGCAUCAGCCAUUCUUCUUGUCCACAGAAGAAAGCCGUUUGCUGGUCAAAUCCGUUCAUCGCCAUCGCCAACAUCCUUGCGUCAUUUACCUGAUGUCCCUUAAAAAAUACAUCUUACAACCAGUCUACAAUUGCGGCCACAUCUGAUACACGAACUGUUUUUAUUGAGUGUUGAAUGCCAACUGCAUUGAUACAUAAAAACCUGUGC